AACAAAGAUGAUGAUUAAGGGUCAGACGGCACGUUCUUCAUGGCAACGCCCCCAUCUGGCGUUUUAUUUUGGAAGGUAUGGCCGGAAAGUUCCUUGUUGUCCUGCUGGCAAACUUGUCAGCUUAACUUCACAAGUCUCCACUGACUGCCACGUCGAGCUACUUGAGGAACACAGUAGGCUUUUUAACUUACUGUAUUUUGUGCUCCAAUAAACCUGACGUCUAGGACUCUGGGAGAAACACUGGAAGAGCCUGCUUCAACAAGUUCGUCAACGUGGAACUGCUCUCACUCUGUAAGUAGAAGAUCCUAACUUCUCCGUGUCUGGACCCAAUGGUGAGGGGAAGGCCAGCCCUGACUUCCUUGAGAGCACGGUCUUGCUGGGUAGAUCAUCUACUCUGACACCAGCAGAACCGCCACUAUCAACAUCAAGCGUGCCCAUCGGCAAGAGCAAAGGGUGUAGUCACUUGGCAGCACCAGGAGGAGGCUCAACUUCAGUCAAGCCUUUCUCUGCACACUCCAGCUGGUACAGGUGUUGGAUGUGCCACCAUCCAUCCAGUAGUGCUUUGGACAGCACAGGACAAUGUAUCAUGUUCCUGUGAGCACAUUGAAGACAGUGGUCAUAGAAACAUCAUGAGGCAGCUCAAAGGAAAACCCAAGAAAGAAACAUCCAAGGACAAAAAGGAACGCAAGCAGGCCAUGCAGGAAGCCCGACAGCAGGUGGCCACCAUAGUAUUGCCUACACUGGCUGUAGUGGUACUGCUCAUCGUUGUCUUUGUCUAUGUGGCCACUAGGCCCGGUGCAAUUGAGUAGACAUUUAAGUUCUACUAAAAGGACAUGAAGUCCCAAGCUAACUGGGGUUUCACAAACUGACAAUGACUGAACCCAAAGAAUUACCCCCAUCAUGAGACAACCAGCCUUCUCUCCAGUGGCUGGCCUUGUGUUAGCCUUAAUAAAAGCCUUCUCCAAAGUGUGUUUCUUUGCUUUAAGCAGGAUUCAAGCUACAGAAAGGAGAAAUCAAACUAAGCGGAUAAACAGCUGCUCCUUUGUGCCUUCAGAUUAAUGAAGAUGACAUCCAUUUAAUCCUGUUCAUUUUAGAGCAGCAGAUGGAUUCAUGUUGGUGUCUUACAAAUGGUGCAAUAUCAUAUACCAAAGGACAGAUUGCCAAGUUUUCCAGAGGUGUUAAAGGUAUGAUAUGCAGGAACUUACGAGAAAAAUAUCUUCAGCCACAAAUUCCAUGUGAGCCUUGGUAUGACCCACUAGGAGUGUGUGUCAGUGUUUGUAACUGCGGAGACCCUGCCCUCUAUCUGUAUUUUCUUAUUUUGUCAUUAUUUUGCUGUGUUGGAGACAUUACUGAGCAAUGCUUUUUGGAGAAAUAUAGUUGAUUGUUUAGUCUCAUUUUCAGGUCAUCUGAUAUUUUUUUUUUCCUGCCGAUUUGAUGACCUGGGGACUUACUUUCUUCAGAACCUCUUAAUGGUGUGUUUACAAACAGUAACCAACAAUUGCUGCAUAUUAUUCCUUUAAAAAUUAAUGGACAAUAGUUUUCCUAUUGUGACUCAGUGCUAAAUAUUUGAUAUCAAUGCAACUUGAGCCUGGUUUCAAACAUGUACCACUCAUUGAAGAGCACUCACACCUAUUUUUAUAAAUAUGUUUGGAAAAUAUUUUUGGCAAAAAGAAGGAUUUAAUUUUCCCCUGCCUUUGAGAACAGCUGAAUGCAAUGCAGAAAUAUCUUAGUGAAUAUUGAAUUUCAAUUGCAGAAUAUGUUAUUUGAAGUUCACAAUGCUCACAUAGACCUGAAUUUCAUACCGUGUGAAUGUUCUCCUGUUUGUUUCCAUCAAGUAAUAGACAACCAUACCUUUGAGUCACUCCUGACAUCUGUGCAGGUGAAAUAAGGUGCCUUAACUGAUUUGCAACUGUAUAAUCUCAGUUCAAUAAAAAUGAUCUUUUCAAUAA